AUGAAGAGGGAGGCUCCCCAACAAGGCGUGGUUCGGACUUAUCCAGUCCACCUAUCUCCUUGGAACCCCAAACCCAAAACCCGAAGUGUACAGACACUCGAUUCCCUCCCGGUUUCUGGAUCGUUUUCCAGGGUGACACCAAAGGCCAGCAACCAUUCCAAGUUUAGUGGAAAAUGUGGGAGGUUACAUUGUGUUGAGUAUCAUUUAAAUCCGGUUAGUAAGUCCAAGGGCAAGUCAAAGGGUACUCAAAAGUUUAGGACAUUUAAUUUGGCCGGUUUCAAUUUUUCCGGGUUUUCUGCCACUGGAGUAUUGGAAUAUUUAUGCGUUCUUAACGACAACGACAACAAUGAUGAUUUCCUGGCUAAGUUUUGGUCUCUGCAUGACAAGCAGAACGAUGACGACGACGACGAUACGAGUUAUUGUGAUGUGGAUUUCAUGCUAGACAUUGAGGAAGAUGAAGGGUGGUGUUUAUUGAGAGAACUGUGA